UUUCAGAUACAAAAUUGGUACGAAUACAAGAACUAAAUAUGAAUGCAGUUAUUCGUUGCGCUGCAAAUCAUAGGUAGAUACGUCAUGACGUCAUCGAAGCCUACGAACUAAUAUUGAUGUCUUUUACUGACAUCAUAAUAGCAACACCUGAUUCAAGUAUACAAUUUACACAGGCAACUGAGGGGGCUGAGGUCUGAGCGAGACCAUAUAAGCGUGAAAGCGGUCAUCAAAAUGUCCACGAUUAUGGAUACUAAAAAGCUUUUUUAUCCAGCCGCUGAGCGUAACAAGGGUCCAAUACUGUCAAUUCUUCAAAAGUACAUUCAACGUGAUUCAGAUCAAGUCUUCUUGGAAAUUUCAUCUGGUUCCGGACAACAUAUAGCACAUUUUGCUCCUAAUUUUCCUCAGAUUACAUUUUUUCCCUCAGAAUACGAAGCAAACCUGUUAGAAAGUGUUGCUGCUUAUGCUAAUGAAUUUGUGAAUAUAAAACAGCCAUUAAAGAUAGAUAUUACAACAGAUUUUCGUACUUGGGCCAAUGGCAUGUUUAAAGAAGCUAGUAUAGAUUAUAUUUAUAAUGCAAAUAUGAUGCAUAUUUCACCUUAUGAAUGCUCUAUUGGCUUAUUUAAUAAUGCUGGUAAACUUUUGAAAAAUAAUGGAACUUUAUUUACAUAUGGACCUUAUGCUAUUGACGGAAAAAUAACGCCAGAAAGUAACGUUAAUUUCGAUAAAACGCUGAAAUUGCAAGAUCCAAGGUGGGGUCUCAGAGAUAUCAACGAUUUGAGGAAAUUGGCAGAAAAAAAUGAUAUUAAAUUGAUAGCUAUGAUUGAUAUGCCUGCUAAUAAUAAAACUCUAAUAUGGAAAAAGAUGUUAGAUACACAACAAUAAUGUAAAGCUAGUUAAAUAUUGAAAUUGUAAUGCCGGUUCAUUUAAAUUUUACAUGAUUCUGUGUACAGUAUAAAAUUUCUAUUAAAAUUUAAUAUACAUACUUGAUACUUCUCAUCUAGAUCUUAUAUUUGGAUAUUUUACAUUGAUAACUA